AUGUUGUAUGCACAACAACACAACAGCAAUGCAGGAAACGAACUAUUACUUGUGGAUAACGUUGAUGAUGAACGAAUAGUGAAUAGGCUUGAUCACGAAGAAGAAUACUAUGAGACUUCAGGUCCAUCGGACAAUGAUGAAUACGAAGAUGUUCUGAAUACAACUCAAGAUUCUGCAUCUUCUUCCGCAUACUUAAAUCAGUCCAAUUCAGACGUUGAGACUAGGGAACGGGAACGAGAGGAUGACUCACAGGAAAUGUUGGGACUAUUCCUCAAUUUCUUGAGGGACAAUGAACUGAACGAAACCGCAGAGAAGUUAAUGGAAGAAUUGAAAUCGAGUACCAGCCGACGAUCAUCGCAAGCCAAUACACCUCAAACAACAUCAAGUCGACCAUCCAUGAAAAGCUAUUCUUCGGAGAAGGAAAAAAUUGUAGAGCCCGAGUUUGAGCAGGUUGCUGAGGUGGUCAACGACGUGGUUCAAAGUGUGGUCUCCGAUUUUUAUAAUAGCCAUCCAGCAGAUACUAAGCAUUACAAUCACAGAAUAACCCCCACCAACAGCGCAAAGAGAGUUCUGACAAGUCACUCCCAACAUUCCAAGCAGUCUAUUGAGGACUCGUAUGAAGAAGAACUAGAAAGACCAGAUAGCUCAUCUCUCAUGAAAGAAUUACAGGAUUUUGCACACAUGUAUGACACAGCAGAUGGAGACGUUGCUCCUCUUAACACCGAUGAUCUCUAUGAAACUUUUGAACAAGAUAUUGAGAAAGAGUUGAAAACGUUAGAGAUGAAAAACAAGGAGGAAACUCAACCUUCAAAACCAGACAAGGAUGCAAAAGACGAUGACUAUGCGAGCGACAGUGAUGAAGAGGGAUACAGUCGAUGCACAGAUUUCACAGAAGAAGACUUUAAAUCUUGGGGCCCAACCUACAUUGAAGAAGAGGUAUCCGAAAUUCAAGACCGAAGAACAAAAUGGAGGCCUCCUGUGGAAUAUGAAACAAUCUAUUUACCUGUCAUUAGAGAAACUUUCAAAACAGGUUUUGAGGAAACCAACGAAUUCAAAAUUGAAGUUGAUUCAAUUAUUGCUGAACGUUAUCAAGUGGUUGAAUAUCUUGGAAGUGCAACAUUCAGCAGAGCAAUUCAAUGCUUGGAUUUAAGAACCAACCAGAAUGUCUGUAUCAAGAUUAUUAAGAAUGAUAAGGAUUUCUUUGAUCAAAGCUUGGAUGAAAUCAAGCUUUUAAGAUUCCUAAACAGUAUGGGAGAUCCAGAUGCAAUGAAUGUGAUCAAACUCCACGACUUUUUUUACUACAAGGAACACUUGUUCAUUGUGUGUGAACUUCUGCGUGAUAACUUGUAUGAAUUUUAUGUCUACAACAGAGAGAGUGGCGAUGAAUUGUACUUUAACUUACCAAGGCUUCAAAAAGUAACAAGGCAAUUACUGACGGCGUUACAGUUUGUUCAUUCCCUGAAUUUGAUUCACUGUGAUCUUAAGCCUGAGAAUAUUCUCAUCAAAUCAUACAGCAAGUGUCAAGUGAAAAUCAUUGAUUUUGGUUCUUCAUGUUUCAAAUGGGACAAUUUACCUCUCUAUGCGCAAUCAAGAACUUAUAGAGCUCCAGAGGUCGUUAUUGGAAGUGAUUACGAUGAAAAGAUCGACAUGUGGUCGUUGGGAUGCAUUCUAGCAGAAUUGUAUACUGGCAAAGUUCUCUUUUAUAAUCACUCGAUUCAAACCAUGCUUGCCAAAAUUUUAGCAUUAUGUGGUCCGUUUAAACUUCAUCAACUCCAACGAGGAAGAUUUGUGAAGGACUUUUUCAGGAAGGUAAAGGUCGAUGGAAAAACAGAGUAUGUCUUGUUCAGAUACAUUGACAGAGACACUGGAAAGACCAUUCCACCCUCAGGUGUUGGUUCUAUUACACCAAACGACAAUGUUUAUGAGGAGUUGCUGAUACCACAAUACAAACAAAACUUGAAGGAACGGUUAGACAAUUGCCAAGAUGAUGAGUUUGUUGAUUUUAUAAGGCAGUGCUUACAAAUAGAUCCACUUGACCGACUUGAUGUUCAAAAUGCGUUCAAUCAUCCUUGGAUGAACAAGAAAUAUGAAGAGCAAGUGUAG